AUGGUCCGUGCUGGCUAUGGAGCUAUUCCUGAUAGUGGUCGCCGCCGCAGCGGAUUGUCCUGCGCCUGCAGACCAUGUCUUGGCCAUGGCAAUGGGCGUACAUACCGAGUCCCGUUCGAAAAUACGUCCGAAGAAUGGAUUCAGGGCGCUGUUCGGGGCGAGAUGAAAGCGCCACCGCAAGACCUUUGCAAGGCCUACUUCGGCUCACUUCAGCUCACGCUUCGGCGCCCGCUUUCUGCUCUUGAGACAGCUGUGUUUCUCUAUAUGAGGACCGCGUCGGCCGACCGCAGUGCUGCUGGAGCUUCUGUUGCUGGAGUUAUUGCUGGAGUUGUUGUGUGGCACAUUGACGUUGUAGUGUUUGGACAAAAGAACAACUGGUGGGACGGAGGGAAAUAA